AUGACGGACAACGUUACAAAGGGCGGACAACGUUACAAAGGGCGGACAACGUUACAAAGGACGGACAACGUUACAAAGGGCGGACAACGUUACAAAGGGCGGACAACGUUACAAAGGACGGACAACGCGUACGUUACAAAGGGCGGACAACGUUACAAAGGACGGACAACGCGUAUGUUACAAAGGGCGGACAACGUUACAAAGGACGGACAACGUUACAAAGGGCGGACAACGUUACAAAGGGCGGACAACGUUACAAAGGACGGACAACGCGUACGUUACAAAGGGCGGACAACGUUACAAAGGACGGACAACGCGUACGUUACAAAGGGCGGACAACGUUACAAAGGACGGACAACGUUACAAAGGGCGGACAACGUUACAAAGGGCGAACAACGUUACAAAGGACGGACAACGUUUCAAAGGGCGGACAACGUUACAAAGGACGGACAACGUUACAAAAGGCGGACAACGUUACAAAGGACGGACAACGUUACAAAGGGCGGACAACGUUACAAAGGGCGGACAACGUUACAAAGGGCGGACAACGCGUACGUUACAAAGGGCGGACAACGUUACAAAGGACGGACAACGUUACAAAGGGCGGACAACGUUACAAAGGGCGGACAACGUUACAAAGGACGGACAACGUUACAAAGGGCGGACAACGUUACAAAGGACGGACAACGUUACAAAAGGCGGACAACGUUACAAAGGACGGACAACGUUACAAAGGGCGGACAACGUUACAAAGGGCGGACAACGUUACAAAGGACGGACAACGUUACAAAGGGCGGACAACGGACAACGUUACAAAGGGCGGACAACGUUACAAAGGGCGGACAACGUUACAAAGGGCGGACAACGUUACAAAUGACGGACAACGGAACAAAGGGCGGACAACGUUACAAAGGGCGGACAACGUUACAAAUGACGGACAACGUUACAAAGGGCGGACAAUGUUACAAAGGGCGGACAACGUUACAAAGGGCGGACAACGUUACAAAGGGCGGACAACGUUACAAAUGA